AUGGACGGUUGUAGUGCUACACAAGAGAUGGUGGCCGGAGGCGGAGUAGCUGGAACGCCGGUUGCCUGCAGGUGGAAUCCGACGAAGGAACAGAUAAGCAUGCUGGAGACUUUGUAUGGACAAGGGCUAAGGACACCGACGGCGGAGCAGAUUCAGGAGAUAACCAGAAGGCUGCAAACGUAUGGACACAUUGAAGGCAAAAAUGUGUUUUAUUGGUUUCAAAACCACAAAGCUAGGCAAAGGCAAAAGGAAAAACAAGAUCACCUGUCUUUAUUCCGGCAAUAUAACCACCACCACCACCACCAUCAUCAUCGCCUCUGUCAUCAGCCAUUCCUCCCUCUACCACCGUCGCCAAACGUUCUGUAUGAUACCUGUUACAUGCCACCCAGCAAUUUAGGGUUCUACACCCAGCACCCACAAGUUGCAUCACCUAGCAUCAGCAAGAAACGACCACCAAGAGCCACUAAGUCAAAAUCUCCGGGCAACGGCGGAUUCAUGUUGAAGCACCGGCCGGAAAGCUUUGUUUCUGUUUCCGGAGGGAAUAUUAACACGAUGAACAUAGAGCAAAAUGAGAUUAAUCAUUGCAAAAACCACAGUUAUCAAGAAACUUUGGAUCUUUUCCCUCUGCACCCAACUGGGAUUCUGCAAGAACGAAUGGAAACUUCAGCCACUGCUACUUGUCUUGCUUCCACUGCUUGUACGUCGAGCUCUUCUGGAAGUGCGGUUGACCGGCUAUACUUUGACUUUUUUGCUUGA